AUAAUACCACUUGAACGCGUUGCCGCGUGCCACCUUUCUGUGCAAUGUUUUGUUCGGUAUUAAGUUUAGCUUUUGAGCUACUUUUGUCUUAACACAAUCAAAUUGUGAUUUAAACAAAAAAAAAAGGUAAAAUGCAAUUAUCUUUUAAUGGCCUUAUUUGCCACUGCGGCCACCCUAUCUUCCGAUCGGAAAUCGUACCUCAAAAAUGUAUCUUAAGAACUAUUAAGCCGGAAUGUUUGAUAUUGGCAUUGGCAUGUUUUUCGUUUUUCGCAUAUCUGUGUUUCCUGUUAUUUCAAUGCUCGAUGUACUUACCAGAUGCAUGGGCACAAAUACAAUUUAAUUUUGUCGAGUAAAUAAAGUAGUCAGGUUAAUCUGUUGAAAGCACUUGUUAAGCGUUGCGUAUCGAAUGCUUGCCCCCAUAGUAUCGCCCUUUUCUACUCGCUAAAAUGGUGGUUCUGUGACGAUUUUUUCUUUGUGUAAAUCCGCGUUCAAGUGGUCCUAUUAAUUUAUCCGUCACUGCAUGAAAAAAAAGAAUAUAUAUAUAUAUACGAAUAUAUAGAACGAAUAUAUAAAACUGUAAGCAAAUGAUGGUUUCUAGUCAAAUUGAGGCUUUGAUGUUGAACGCAGAGAACCUCCGGUAAAUUUGAAAGACUUUCAGCAACCUUAAGAUACCGCACAAUUUAUUGAUGUGAACAAACAGAUGUACACAGAGGGAGUGCAGGAGAAUAAAUCAAAAAAAAAAAAGUAUCGACAUAAAACAAAACAAAUGAUUAGUACAACUACGCUUACUAAACAAACUGUUCUUAGUGUCUAGUUAUGCUGCAACGUCCAAUAGUGGGAAAGGGAAUGAAUGGGAAACGCGUCAGCCAGUGGUCACGGUGGCACACCAUUUCGGCUAUAAAAACCCACUAUUAGCUGCUCCUCUUACUGUGUGCAACCCUCGCCACACCCCCUCCCCCUCCUACCUUUUUUGAUGCGCACCCCUUUUAAUAGGACCCAAACUUUGUAAAUAAAUUUAUUAUGGCGGAAGAGCAGGUGGAGGUGGAGAGUCGAGCUCAACACUAUAGUUGUUUGAUUGUAAUUUAAAACUUUUUUCGCCCCACCCCUCACACCCUCUCUAUCCCUUUCUCGUUCUCUUCCAUCCCCCCUUUCCCACCAGCCCUCUCCUUCGUCCCUUUCUCUAAUACAUUAAUUUACGGUUUUUGAGAUUCAAUCCAGUGGAAAAAUAGCGCUCAGUAAGAGGUGGGGUUAAUAAUGGAUUUUUACCCCGUUCAACACCCUACAGAAGAAGAAGAAGAAGAAGAAGAAGAAGAACCGAGCCGUGGGGAAGAAGGUAACGACGGUGAAGGUGAAGCGCAGGGUGAGUGAGGGUUGAGGAUUCCAGUAUAGCUCUUCCUCAAAAGGAGCCCACCCCCCCGUUCGGAAUCGACCAGGGGGCGCAAUUCGAUGUCACUGGUUUUAGGCUUAAUACACCAUUGGAGUGUUUGUUAUCGUUAUUCCGCUUUGAUGAGUAGCAGAGUAAGGAUCGUAGGCUGUAAGCGUGUUAAUGAUAAAUACGGGAGCACAGUGCUGCAGUGCAGACUGUGUACACCCCCACCAGCGGGGGGGAGCGGCCAUCAUCAGUAGCUAUAAACCCUUUUAGUAUCAGAUCAAUAUGUAGAAAUCAUUACCGUUGGCAAGCUGGGUGGUAACGUGAGGAAAGGGAGGGGAGGGGGGGGGAGAAAGGACGUGGGACGGAUGUCGAGGGAGCGGAAGAACUAACACAUUCAACCAUUUCGCUCCCUUUCUCACUAUAGCAAUGAAGUUGUCCGAAAGAAGUAGUCGCAGUGUCAUAAUAUGGUACUUACCUGUUUCUGUUUUUUUUUUGUCGGUCCCUCCAUCCUCUCCCGGUGUCCAUGCCAGCCAACCCCACCCUUUUUCCCCAUGUGUUGUGUCCACUCCCACAGAAAAAAAAAACAAAAAAAACCCGGAAAAUGACCCACAAAUUAUGAGCUUACAGGCCGAAGGGGGGGAGUGCGCUGCGCGAGUGUGCGUAGGGCAGCGUGAAAAUGGGUGUACAAUAUAGAAACUAAGAACAAACAGCAACAAAAGAAACAAUUCAAUACAAAACCAACAGAUGCAGAGGGAAAAAGCAGAAAGAACGACAGAAGAAAACGAUUAGAUGUCGUGGUGUUCGGUUGCUGCUUCGGCCGGCGUUGCUGCUUAUUAUUAUAUACAACAACAAAUGUAUUUGCAAAACGAAAAACCAGAAACAUAAACGGAACAUAAGGACAAUCCUUCCGCUAUCUAAAGACUCGGCUUACCAGUUC